AUGAGCAGCGGCUGUAGCCGUCGUAUGCAGCAGCGGCUGCUAGCCGUUUUUGCGCAGCGGCUGCUAGCCGCGUACUGGCAGCGGCUGCAGGUCGUACUGCAGCAGCGGCUGCUAGCCUCGUACUGCAGCAGCGGCGCUACCCGUGCUGCACAGGGCUACGGGGACCGGCAAAAAUUUUCUUUACAGGAACGACUUGAGCGCCAAUACAGCGAGUUCAAUGGGGAGAUUAAUAGCCUACAAACUGAGUUGGCAGACAUAAAAAAUAUAAAAGAUGACCUCACACGCUAUAUCAGAGAAUUAGAACAAAAGAAUGAUGAUUUAGAAAGAUCUAAAAGAGCGACAUUAACAUCAUUAGAAGACUUUGAGGCUCGGCUGAAUUUAGCCAUAGAGCGCAAUGCCUUUUUGGAGUCUGAGCUGGAUGAAAAGGAGGAUCUGAAGGUGACAGUACAGCGACUGAAGGAUGAAGCAAGAGAUCUUCGGCAGGAGCUGAGUGUCAAGGAAAAAGAGGAACCAGGGCCAGACAAUGAUAAAGCAUUGCAACAGCAGCAGCAACAACAACACAAGUUGCAUCUCCAUCCUCCUCCAAAACUAGAGCCAUUACCUACUUCCGAGGAAAUGAUUGAUUCCAAUAAACUUUUAUCAAACACACAGCUCCCAGAGUCUGUGCCGAGCACAACUGUAAUAACUCGUCCAAUGCACAACAUGAGUAAUGGAAGUGUGCCUAUGACUCCAUCUGCCAGGAUAUCUGCUCUUAACAUUGUUGGUGACCUUUUAAGAAAAGUUGGGGCACUGGAGUCUCGCCUUGCCUCGUGUCGUACACUCGUGAAGGACAACCAACGCCCCCUCAGCCUGCCUCCACCCGGCAACCACUCUGCCAGACAGAAGCAGCUGACAUACGGCCACCCCAUUCGCGCCACUGUGACUCCUGCAUAGAGCACCUCUAUCCUCAGGUGGACUCUCCAGACACAAGGGAGAUAGCAGCUAGACUUAAAAAGAGGUCUCAGAAUCCAAAACAGUGUUCAGUUCCUUCAAGAAAAAGUCAUCCAAUGAAAGAAUUAAUGGCAAUUGGUAUUUCAAGUGUU